AUGGAUCAAGACUUUGAUGAUGAAGAUCUUCAUUUAUUAUCUGAAAGCUCCUUACCAUUAAUGUCAACAUCAUAUACAAAUAAUACAUUUGUUCGUAAUAACAAUCGUAGGCGUUCGAUAAAAUCACAAAAAAAUAUUUCAUCUGAUAAUCAAAUUCUUCAUGAAGAAGAUACAUCUUUAUUAACGCGAGCAAAUAUAGGUGAUAUAAUACGAUUAAAAGAUGGUACAAGAAAAAAAUAUAAUGGUUCAACAUGGCGUCGUAUGUGUUCACAAGUAAAUUGUUCCUAUUAUAGUCAAAGUGAAGGUUUAUGUAAACUUCAUUUAAAUGAAUUAAAAACACAAAACUCAUCACGAAAUAAUAAUUCAACAAUUCAUAAUGAUGAUAAUAUAUUACCGAUCGAUGAAGUAUUAUCUAAACAAAAUGAACCUAAAAAAGGUGAUAUUAUAAUAUUAUUAAAUGGUAUACGAAAAAUCUAUGAUGGACGACAUUAUCGACGUAUUUGUGCUAAAUUAACUUGUACAAAAACUGUUCACGGUAAUCCCGAAUAUCAAAAUGGUUUAUGUUCAGAUCAUUAUCAAGAACUUCAUGUUAAAAAUUUAUCAGAAUUAAAAUCUUCUUCUCAAGAUACUUUAUCUACUCCAUCAAAUUCUAAAGUUUCAUCUUCAUCACGUAAACGUCGACGCCUAAAUUCUCCAUCGUCUAGUAUUCCAUCACAAGUACCCAUGACCUCUAAUAUUCAAAUAUCUAUAUCAAAACCAAAUCAUCGUCUUUCAAUAGCUGCUAUUCCACCAUCUGUUGAUAUUAAUAAUCCAAAAAAAGGUGAUAUUAUUGUAAUGGAAAAUGGUUCACGAAAAAAAUUUGAUGGUGUUGUUUGGCGUAAAAUUUGUUCAAUGUCUGGUUGUCUAAUAGCUGCACAACGUGAUGAAUUAUGUCGAAAACAUUUUCUCAAACUUAAUGGAAAACCAAAUAAUGGAUCGACUAAUGAUUUUAUCGAAUCAGUGACAAUGGUUACCCCUCUAUCGAAAAGUAUAUCAUCCAUGUCAACAUCAUCAACAGAUGAAAAAUCAGAAUCUCGAACUUCCAAAAAAUUCAAAAAUGGAUUCAUGGAUUAUGAUGAAGAACGAAAUAAUGAUAAUAUAUCAACUAGUUAUCAUGUAUCAGAUGAUGAUAAUAAUACUCAAAUUUAUCAAGAAAAUUCUUCAAUCAUUCAAGAAGAUAAUUUCGAUACACAAAUUGAUCAUACACUUAUUGAUGCACUUUCUGCUAGUCGACAAAAAUUUAUAACAAAUUAUUUAAAAAACUGGUUACGAGAACAUCGUAGUCAUCCUUAUCCAAGUAAUCAAGAAAAAAUUGAAUUAGCUAAACAAUCAUCCAUAACAUAUGAUCAAGUAACAACAUGGUUUAAUAAUGCCCGAGCGAUUCUUCGACGACGUCAAGCCAAAUUACAACAUUCUUUUGAUACUGUCAAUGAUAAUGAUGAUGAUGACGAUGAUGAUGAAUUAUCACAUGAAAAUAAAAAUUUUGUAAAUUCAAAUCAUAAAAUAUCUUCUCAAAUUCAACGAUCAUUAUCAUUAUUUAAUGGUUUAUGUUAUCGUUCAAUUGGUGUACAAUGUAAUCCGUCAACAGUAAAUCAAACAACAUCAACAUCAACAAAUUUAUCUAGUAUGACUGAUGAUGAAUUAACAUCAGAUCGUACAAUAAAAAUUAUAAGACCAUCAAAUCAUGUAUUGAAAACACUUAAUAGUAUAAAACAUAAUACUAGUCAAGAAUUUCUAUUGAAUGAUAUUAAGACUGAAGAUGAUGAAGAAUUUGGAAAAGAUCAAGAAAUUAUUAUAACAAGUACUUGUCUUGAUGAUGAUCAAAUGACUCGUUUAAAAGAAUUUUCUUCUCAAUUUAAUAUAAAAUUAUCUAAUACUGUUGAUGAAUAUACAACACAUUUAAUAACUGAUGAAGAGGAUGAAACACUUGUUUGUCCAUUAUCAAAAAAAGUUAUUCAAGCUGUUGCACGUCAUAUGUAUAUAAUAACAUAUCGUUGGAUUGAUAGUUGUCUAGCAAUGAAUAAAAUAAUUACUGAACAACCAUUUGAAAUUCAAGGAGAUUUAACACUUUCAUCGGAUCAUCAUGGUAUGCAACGAAGUCGUCAAAGUAUUUUACCAAAUAAUUUACCAAAAACUUCAUUAUUUGAAAAAUUCUCUAUUAUGUUGAAAUGUGAUGGUUGUCAAGAAAUGGUCAAUAAUGAUGAAUUAAUUGAAUUAGUUAAAUUAUCUGGAGCUAAACAUACAACUGAUUCAUAUUUUUCACGUUUACAAACAGAUUUAAUACGUAUUGUUCUUUGUGAAAAAGAAUAUUUAAUUAAUCGCAAAGAAAUUUAUGAUAAAUGUGUUCACAUUGGCGUUCAUUUUCUUACACCUGAAUGGUUUCUCGAAUCACUUGUUCAAUAUCGUAUUCAACCAUUUCAAGAUUAUCAAAUAUCACCAUAA